AUGUCCAACAGAAAUAAAAAAUCUAAGAGUCCAUAAUUGCAACAACCAAAAAAUAUCGAUAAGGAUCUCAUGAAAUAUUUAAUAUAUCAAAAGAUCGUUAAACCACAAGUUCCUUUAGAAUUAAUAACUAAAACUUAACCUGAUGAGGAUUCUGAGGUUGAAGAUUUCAAACUUGAAAUAGAAAUGAAGUAAUCUUGAAUACAAUUUAAUAUUAGAUAUAAGACUUGCAAAUUAAAUCACACAUUUAAAUUUCCAAAAGAAAACUAUGAAUCUUCAUCCGAUACAUCAUUACAAUCUUUAAAGGAUGUUACUAUUUAUAAUCUAAAUUGUGAUAAUUUGGAUCGAUUGACUGAUGCAACAUAGCCACAUUUUAUGAAAGCAUUAAAUGAGAGACUUAUGAAAUUAACUGAUCUCAUUGUUGAUGAAUCAUCAGUCAAAAUUAAGUAAUAUAAUUAUGCUCCAAACUUGAAAUCCUCUAGGUUAUUAAUUGUAAUAAAUUAGAAUGCAGAAAUUAAGAGGAACAAAUAUAUCUAACACUUCUAUUACUAAACCUACAGAACUCUCUUUGAAUGCUGCUAGUUAAAGUCAAGGAAGGGAAAGUGUCAUUACAAAACCUCCAUCUAAUCUAGGUUUUAGAGCAACACCAACUAUUUCAUCUGAAAAGAAAAAUAGAUCUAAAUAAAUUCAAUAAAUCUUAAAAAUUACAUAACAAAAAUAUAUGAACAAUUAAAAGUAAUCAUAUUUUGAUUUUAUAGCAUAGGUGGAACAUUUUAUAAGAAAACACCUUAAGUAAAUAAUAACUACAUUAAUAUCAAUUCAAAUAUCAAUAAUAGUAUAGUAGUUACAGGUAAAAGGAAUAUUUAAGAUAUUCGUAUUAAAACUGAAUAAGAGGAACCAGAAUCUAGUUUAAAUUAAUAUUAAGUUAUUCCAAAUUCAAGGUAAUAAUAAUUGAAUAUAAAUAUAGACCAAAAAUGAGGGAAUCUACAAUGAAAGGCAAAAAAUUAGAUAUUUCAAUUGGUUAUAAAAAUCUCACCUUAGAUAGUUAAUAUUUAGAAACAUAUAGUCGUAAUGCUAAAAGUUAAAACAAGAAUUAUAAGGUUUGA